AUGGUCCCUAGUCUAGAGAAAUGGCUUAAAGGUGCUAUCAAAAAUAAUCAAGUUAUCCAAUAUGAUAAUAAAGCAUUUAAUGAUAGAAAACUUAUCAGACACGGUUCAUAUAGAGAAGUUUUUAGUGCAACAUCGCCUAAAUUUAAAACCAUUAUAGCCUUAAAAUCUAUUAUAAUUAAUCCUUCUUUUACAAUGAAUGAGAAGGAAUAA